AUGUUGAUCCGGAGCCGGCCGUCAGCUAGUCCCGGCCUGCGGGACGGACUUUCAACGGACCGCAACGUACUUGUCGCCGAGGCCGCUGAACUGCAAAGACGGCUCGACAGCUGGCGUCGCCGCGCCUUGGCAGCAGGGAUAGAUCAGGGACCCCUAUCGGAUGUGCAUUUCCACUCCAAGGGCAACUCGAUUAGCACCGGCACCAGCGCGGGUACCGAUGCCGCAGGGUCUACAUGCACUCCCAACGGCCACCCCGUUACCGCUGUCGCCCCUCUGGAUCCCAAAUACCUCAUGCGGCCCGCUGCGGAGGUAGAGGCAGAAAACCCAGAAUUCGCGCAGCUGCUCGCUACACAUGCCAACGACAAGCGCGAGAUCAUGCUCGGGUUGACCAACGCCGUCAUGAUCUGCCAGAACACGACUCUUUGUUGGUGGAACGGUGGCAACAUUCUAGAAUCUUUCCUUGAAAUUCUUGAGCGUUCCAACAUUAAAAAUCACCUCAUCGGCGUCACUGACGACCAAGCGGCCAAGUACCUGGAGGACCGAGCCGCUCGUCGUGGUUCCGGAGCAUUCGCCAUCAACUGGUUCAAACCCAAUAUCCGGAUUCCUGACGUACAAGCCAACACCCGGGAAGCCAACCGAGUGUCAUCACUCAAAUUUUCCUUAUUGCAGACCUCCCUGCAGUUGGGCUACCAUACAAUGAUUACAGACAUGGAUCUGGUAUACAUUUCUAACCCCUUUGACGAGCUGCAUCGCGAUGCGGAUAUUGAAUCGUCUUCCGACGGCUUCGACAACAUGGCAUUCGGCCACAUGAAUUCGAUCCACGAUCCGACCAUGGGCUGGGGAGGCGGCGGCCUGUACAUGGAAAUUUUUACGUACUUCCGAGGUAAACUGGACGCGUGUGACAAGUUCCCCGGGGGCUCGGAAGCGGGCACCAGAUGA